GGGAGUAUUAAAUUUGUUUUGUCCCAAUAGCAUAAAAUUCCGUAUCCUACUCCACUGCACCAUAAUCAACAAAAUCAUCUUUGAACUCGCUAAAUUAAUCAUCUCCUCUGUACAAUUAACAAAUAGAGAAAAUGCAUUGCAUCUAAUAUAAUAUAGAAAAAAGAUACAGAACAGCUGAACAGGAGUUAGUACAGUAUGAAUAUUGAAGUUAAAUAUAAGUAGAUAUCGAAGACCAGUUUUUGUUGCAUGUUUUGUCGCAUUGAAUACUGUAUUAUUAUAUACUCCCUAUAUAAUAUAUGCGCAUUUUGUGCGUGUUAAUGGCAACAUGGCUCUUGUUUGAAGGGAACAUGCUAUGUUGUACCUAGUGUAAUUUGAUUAGUUUUAUUCAUACAUGCUUUAUUUAUUACUCCAUAUCAUUGUGUUAUUUUAAUUUUGUGUUAUGAUUUCCUUUUUACAUAAUUGAUAAAAUUGAGAGAAUUAGAAUGUUUGUACUUUGAUUUAUUUCAUUCCUAGAUCAUACGAGACUUAAACGGAUCAUAUUAGACUUUAAUGAAUCAAAUCAGAUUUUAGCAAUUGCAAAAUACAUAGAUAUUAUACAUUUAUUAGACCAUACGAGAAUAGGUCAGACCAGAUUUAAACAAAGCAGACCAGAUUAAAAAAUUUCAUCCAAGUGAAAACAUCCAUACAUGCCAUCCAAUUUAUACUACCAGAUUAAGUCCACUAUCACAAAUUUUUACUUUACUUUUUCAUGUACAAGUUAAAAUUAGUCGAAUUUUGUUGGAUGCAGAUAGAACCAUUCAAAAGAAGAGAAAGUAAGGGUGUGUUUGGAACUAAUUCUGCUUCUGCUUCUUUUGUUAAAGCAGAAUCAGAAUCAAAAUCAAUUUUCGAAAGCUGGUUUCUCCCAUCUUCUGAAGAAACUGCUUCUAGGAGUAAAUUAGAGCACCAUGAGUACUUUUGCACUUUCACCAAACACUCUAACUUUGGUUGAGCAGAAACAGUUUUAAGAAUUAGAUCCAAACACCCAUAAGACUAAGGAUGUUUUCUUUUGGACUGUUUUCAACCCAGACCAAACUAGAUUAGACCAGACCAGACUUCCAUAGUUAUAAAAUAAACAGAUACCAGACGAUUACCAGAUCAGUUCAGACCAGACCGGACCAGACCAAAUUUCGGUCCAAAAGAAAACAUCCAAAAAUGAGAACCAAUCAACCAAGUGACAUAUUACGAAAAAAGUCAAUAUGAAAAAUGAAUUAAGUACUAAAAACUUCCUAAAAAGGAAAUUACUCUAAGAGAAAAAAAGAAUUAUAAAAUGAAGUGAAAGUAUGGUCAACAAGACAAUUCCAUACCAUAAUACAGAGUAAUAAAUUUUACGAAGAUUAGUUAGCUGUUAGCAUCUUUUUCAUUUUUUCUUUGCUGUGCGUCACCAUAUGAGAGGCUAGCCGCUAGAGCUAGUAACUAACUUUCCAUGCAAUGGUGAAAAACAAUAAAAUAAAAUAAAGAGAAAAGGGAAGAAGGCGCUAAUUACACAUCACCACACACGCUACUCCCUCUCUCUCUUCUUCUCUCUCUCUCUCUCUCUUUCUCCCACCACUGUACUAACAUCCUCCAUCUUAUCAUCCCUUCCUACCCAACCUUUCGCAUUUUGCUACAAGCCUUCCUUUCCCAACCCUUAGCGCCGCCCUCAACUAAGAUUUCAGCCAUUCUUGUACCCAUAUAUUUAUUCUUUUGGUUUCUUGCCUUUUAAAUCUACAAAAGAUUGAGUCUUUGGAGAUAUAUUCUUCUACCGAAGAAAUUCUUGUGGCCAGUUCUCUCAAUUGAAGUAUAGAAGCCGUUCUUUGUUGAAUGAGAGGAAAGUCAUGUGUGUAGAUCUUAGCUGGAAUCAUGAAUCUAUCUGGGUAGAUUUUCAUUCACUGCUUCUGGGUCUGAGUGAUGCUGAUUAGCUUGGGUUAAUGUUUCCCCCCUUUUGGAAGAGUUUCUGGGAAUUUGUGCUCUGAUCUGCAACUGCCGCAAGAUUCCGACUUUCUCUUUCUUGAUAGUUACUACUUUGGGUGUGUCAAUCUGGCAGGCCUAUAAAUGGAGGCCAGGAUUGGAGGUCAAGCUCAACUGUUUUAUAAUUUAGGCUCAGCAGAUUUGAGGGUUGUCGGGAACAGGAGCCUGGAUUGGGAUCCCUGUGAUUGGAAAUGGGACAGUCAUCUUUUCCGCGCCACGCCUAUCAAUCCCAACCCACCAAAUUUCCAAAGCAGGGAGUUUUUCCCGCUCCAAACAGGAAUCUCCACAUCCAACAGCUCCUCCUAUUGCUCUGAUGAAGUGAAUAUUGUGUCUAGGAAAGAGGUAAGGGGGUUUGAGAAGCGGCAGAGGGUUGUUUUCGUGGAGGAUGAAGAUAACCUUGAAGGCGAGACGGGCAAUCUCACCUUGAGGCUUGGGGAACAUGGAUCUCCUAGUGAUGAAAGAGAAGGGCAAGCCUUGGAUGGAACAGUUGGGAAAAAGAUCAAGCUCUCUGGAUCCACUUCAAUCCGAGGCGCCGCUUGUCAAGUGGAGGAUUGUGUGGCAGAUCUCAGCAAAGCUAAAGACUACCACAGAAGGCAUAAAGUUUGUGAAAUGCACUCCAAGGCAACCAAGGCACUUGUGAGCAACAUUUUGCAGCGUUUCUGCCAACAGUGUAGCAGGUUUCAUGCGCUUGAAGAGUUCGAUGAUGGGAAGCGUAGUUGUCGAAGACGACUAGCUGGUCAUAAUAAAAGGAGAAGGAAGACUCAACCAGAAACAGUUGCUAAUAACAAUGCAAUGAUUGAUAACAAUAAUAGCCAAGCUACUAGUUAUCUUUUGAUGAGCUUAUUUAAGAUACUUGCCCACAUGAACGCAAACACGGGGAGCUCCAAAGAGGACCAGAACCUUCUCUCUCACCUACUAAAGAAUCUUGUUAGCCAGGGUGCCUUGACCGGAGACAAAAGUAUAUCUGGCAUUCUAAACGAGUCUUCGAAUUUGCUGAGCAAUGGACCCACUUUUAGAGAUUCAGAAUUAAUAUCUGCCUUGAUCUCAAAUGGGUCUCCGGCGUCUUCACCACCAAAAGAACAAGCUCCCACUGCUUCUGUGUCUAAGUUACCAAUAGAAGCAGUUAGCAUGUUUCCUAAUGAAAGCAGUUCCUUGGCUACUGCAUUGGGUCAGGAAAGUUCUGCUGGGAGGAGUAAAUUGGCUGUUUUUGAUUUAAAUGACAUUUAUAUUGAUUCGGACGAUGGUGUUGAAGAUGUAGAGAGGUUGCCUGUCCCAGCUGAUUUGGUUGCUGGCUCCCCGGAAUGCCCAUCGUGGGCACAAAAGGACUCCCAUCAGUCAAGCCCACCUCAAGCAAGUGGGCAUUCAGACUCAGGUUCCGCACAAUCACCAUCCAGUUCCAAUGGAGAUCCUCAGAGCCGCACUGAUCGUAUUGUUUUUAAACUAUUUGGAAAAAAUCCAAACGACUUCCCAUUUCUUUUACGUGCACAGAUUCUGGAUUGGCUAUCUCACAGUCCUACUGACAUGGAGAGCUACAUUAAGCCUGGUUGUGUCAUACUAACUGUAUAUCUUCGUCUACCUGAAUCUUCUUGGGAUGAGCUUUGCUGCUGUUUGGGUUCCAGUUUAAGCAGACUUCUGGAUGCCCCUGAAGAUAACAGUUUCUGGAGAGAUGGAUGGACUUAUGUUAGAGUGCAGAACCAAAUAGCAUUCCUGUGCAGUGGUCAAGUUGUAGUGGAAUCUUCUCUGCCUUUCAAAAGUAAUGAAAACAGCACAAUUCUAAGUGUCAAGCCUAUUGCUGUACCUGUGUCUGGGAAAUCUCAAAUCACAGUGAAAGGAUUUAACUUAUCUGGGCCCGCCACAAGGCUGCUCUGUGCAAUAGAAGGCAACUAUCUUGUUCCAGAGGCUAGUAUAGAGACAACAGAACAUAAUGAUAAUGACCUUGAGCAGUGUGAUAUGGUCGAAUAUGUAAACCUUACAUGUUCUUUUCCUGCAGCUGCUGGAAGAGGCUUCAUAGAGGUUGAAGGUGAUGGUCUUGGUAGCAACUUUUUUCCUUUUAUAGUUGCUGAGCAGGAUGUUUGCUCUGAAAUAUGUACACUUGAGAAUGAGAUUGAGUUGACUGAGAAAGAGUAUCUUGAUGGGGAAGUUGAUAAAAUGGAAAUAAGAAAUCAAGCCAUCGAUUUCCUACACGAGUUGGGCUGGCUUCUUCAUAGAAGCAAUUUGAGAUCACGAUUGGGGGAAUCGGAAGAUCCUAGUGAGAUGUGCUUCUCUUUAAACCGGUUUGCAUGGCUUAUGGAGUUCUCUGUGGACCAUAAUUGGUGUGCGGUUGUGAAGAAGCUGUUGGACAUUCUUUUUAAUGGGAGUGUGGGCAGUACAGAUAAUCCUUCCUCCUUGAAAGUUGCCUUCUCUGAGACGAGUCUCCUUCACAAAGCGGUUAGGAGAAAUUCGAGGUCUUUGGUGGAGCUGUUAUUGAAAUACACUCCCGAUAGAGUGGCUGAUGAUCUAAGUGUGGAAUAUCGUGACCUGGUGGGAUAUGAAAGUGGAUAUUUGUUCAAACCUAAUGUUGCAGGUCCUUCAGGUUUGACACCUCUCCACGUUGCAGCAGGUAUAGAUGGAUCUGAAGAUGUAAUUGAUGCAUUGACAGAUGAUCCUGGAAAGGUGGGAAUGGAAGCAUGGAAGAACUCUCGCGAUAAUGCAGGAUUUACUCCAGAAGAUUAUGCCCGCCUGCGAGGGCAUUACUCAUACAUCCAUCUCGUCCAGCGAAAACUACUUAACAGGAAAGCUUCUACCACUGGCCAUGUGGUAGUUGAUAUCCCCAGUGUUUUUUCUCUGGAAGGGAAAUACAACUUGAAGCAAAACAACGGUGCGGGCACAAGCUUUGAGAUUUCAAGGACUGAUAUGAAACCCAUUCAGCAGCUGGCAGCGUGCCGGAUGUGUGAUCAGAAGACAAUUCCAUACCGAACCGGCAGCAGAUCUUUGCUUUAUAGGCCGGCCAUGCUCUCGAUGGUCGCAAUUGCUGCGGUAUGUGUUUGUGUCGCUCUUCUGUUCAAGAGCUUACCUGUCGUCAAUAACUUGUACUGUCCCUUGAGUUGGGAUUCUUUGGACUAUGGUUCAAUCUAAUUUGGGGUUAGUGCACAGCCCACCAGUAGGACCACUGCUCCCUCCUUUGUAUCUGUUGUGUAUGCGUGAAUAAACUGUAUAACUGAGGUGUCCUUAGGAAAUCCCCCUUAAAUAUACUCCUAUAUUUAUGUCAGUGUAUGUAUACCUGUAUUUUUAUUAUUAUGUUAUAUAUGACGAUAUGAUUGUUUUUUUGGCUUCCAGUUCAAGGUACCUAUUUGUGUAGGCUUGUGUCCAUUUUCUAU